AUGAAAGCAUUCAUAAUUGCUAAUUUACUUAUUUUAUUGGCUAUUGCCCAGCGACAACAACCAAUAGUACCUCCAUUUUUGGUAGGUGAACCAGCGGCAGUUGUUGAUCAAUUUCAACAGCUACUUGUCCGCGCUGAACAACGAACUGAUAAAGAAGUAGAACAGUCGAUUGAAUUAUGGAUUAGCCGACAGAGUGAUAAAAUUCAAAAAGCUUUCAAAAAAUUCAAAGAGCAAGUGCAAAAUGCUUUACGACAAGCUGAAAGAGAACAUCAAGUGGCUGUAUCAAAACUAUCACCUGAAGCAAGAAAGAUUGACGCAAAACUGAGCUCAAUUGCAUUGGACGGCUCACUGACGCCAAUGCAGAAACAAAGGCAAAUUGUUGACAUCAUCAAAGCGCUUCCGCCAAAUAUCAAACAAGAAUUGAAAAGAGCAAUGGAAGGAUAA